AUGCUAGUUAGGAUAGUAGUGGGGGAAGAGAGUAUAUCCAUCGUCAGUGCGUACGGGCCCCAAGUCGGGCUUGAUGAGCAGGUGAAGUGCGAGUUUUGGGAGAACCUAGGAGACCUCAUGAGAACUAUCCCGGUUGAUGAGAAAGUUUCUAUAGGAGGAGAUUUUAACGGACACAUAGGCAGAGAUGCAAGCAUCUUUAACUCGGUGGUGUUGGGUACUGAGAUGCCCACCCAACACAGGCUUUUAGUACUGGUUUUUUGGAUGAGGAAGAAUAUCGCUGAAAAGAAGGUCAAGUCCAAGGGAAAGAUCAUGUGGGGGAGACUCAAAGGGGAUAUGGUCACAACCCUAUCAAGCAAGAUAAGUUUAUUGGGCUUCCCAAGCCAGUCAGAGGAUGCGAACUGA